GGCUGACUUUAGGACUGCGGAAAGAAAUGGCUCUGCUGUUGCCCUAGCCAUCACCUAUUACCGAUCCUAUCCCUCGAGCGACUUGGCCAAUCAGUGCGUAUCAGCGACACAUGAACGAUGAUUUCCACGGAAUGGCUCGCGGAACAAAGAAGCCGCCCGUCGCGAAUCCCGUAUCGGUAGAUAGAGAGAAUUAGCCGAUAAAACAGCACAGAAGAGUAAAGUUAGUACGGCUUGGGUGAAAUAAAAUGAUUAUCUUCGACGCAUAAUAGAAAAAAAAGUCCAACGUUUUUUUAUGCUCAAGGAGAGAACUUGGCGUCGUGAGGGCUUUUGUCGGUCGCGAGGCGAGGCUUUUGGCUACAUUGGAACGACAAUGAUCUAACACACCUCCAGGCUGUGUAAGGGUUAUUUCACCAAAAAGGAGAGUGAUGGAGUGCUACAUCAGAUGACCUGGCCUCCACAAUCACCCGACCUCAACCCAAUUGAGAUGGUUUGGGAGGAGUUGGACCGCAGAGUGAAGUUGCGAGUUUCCUCUGACAGUGGACUGAGUGUCUCUGUGAGCGUCUCUCAGCCUGGGACGACUGCUCUUCUGGCCACAGUGUCCAUGAGGUAACGGCGGGAAGCCCCAUACUACCCUCGCUCCACCCCCCCCCCCUGCAGCGAUGGGUCAGAAGAUCUCAGGCAGCAUCAAGUCAGUGGACGCACGGGGUGAGCCUUCAUACCGGCCGGUCCGCCGUGAGCUGCGGGGUCCAGACUUCUGCCGGCCUCCUCGUUUGGACCUGCUUCUGGACAUGCCCCCUGCGACCUCUGACCUGCAGCUCCACCACGCAUGGAACCCCGAAGACCGCUCGCUCAACGUCUUUGUCAAGGAGGAUGACAAGCUGACCUUCCACCGCCACCCGGUGGCCCAGAGCACCGACUGCAUCCGCGGCCAGGUGGGCUACACACGGGGGCUCCAUGUCUGGCGGAUCCACUGGCCGGUGAGACAACGAGGAACACACGCUGUCGUAGGGGUGGGCACGGCUGACGCUCUUCUACACUCUGUGGGUUACACGGCCCUGGUGGGUUCGGACUGUGAGUCGUGGGGCUGGGACUUGGGCCGGAACAGACUCUACCACGACAGUAAGAACCGGCCGGCCUCCACCUCGGCACCAACAUACCCGUGUUUCCUGGAGGCAGACGAGUCGUUUGUUCUGCCAGAUGCCCUGCUGGUGGUGCUGGACAUGGACGAGGGCUCACUCAGCUUCAUGGUGGACGGCCAGUACCUGGGCGUGGCCUUCAGAGGGUUAAAGGGCAGGAGGCUGUACCCUAUCGUCAGCGCCGUGUGGGGACACUGUGAGGUCUCCAUCCGCUACGUCAAUGGACUGGAUCCGGAGCCCCUCCCCCUGAUGGAUCUGUGCAGGCGAGUGGCCAGGCUGGCUCUGGGGCGGGACCGACUCAACCAGAUAGACACCCUCCCUCUGCCAGAGACCCUCAAGAACUACCUCCAGUACCAGUGACCCCACUCACCAGGACAACGAACGACUGACUGCUUGACGGCAGCUACAUUUCACUACAGUCAACCCCCAAAAAUGUAACCCUGAACCAUUGGACAUCUACUCAGGAUAAUGAUGAUGGUCUGGAGGAAGCCUAUGAAGGAGUUCCGAGUUUCUUUUUAGGAUUUGUCUGGUUUUUUUGUGUUUUUUUUAAAUUUGCUCACUGCUGUGAUGGUUGAUGGACAGAGGAAGGAUUAACGAAAGGAGGGGGGUGGGCUUGAGACUAGACUGUAGCAGAAGUGUUGGGCUAUGAUGCUGACUUCUCAUUGGGUAUGUGGGUCUGUAGUGCUUCUAGAAUAUGUGCCUGGAGGAACAGGGCGUUUGAGGAUGAUGCAUAUAGACAUCAUACGUAGCUACUGUACAUCUAUACAGAUUCCCUGGAAGGCUCUUGGAACAUCUAGAUAUUUAUAUUUAGACCCUAUAGCAGGCUCCACUGAGACUCACCAGCCCCUAGCCACAGGGAGUUAGAGGAUGGAAAACACACAGGCAGGCAAACAUUCUUGAAUGCAUGCAUAUGCAAACACUCGCUCAUGCUCAGAGGGGCUGUUUUCAGUGUGAGUGGCGUGAGGUUUUAUGCAUGUGUGGGUUGGUGCGUGUCGGCCUUGCUCCGCAACAGGCAACCCGAGGCAUCAGUCAGACCCACUCUGACUCCACUGAGUUUGGGGACACUGCAGCCCUGAUAUCUUUUAGUGCCCUGCUGCACUACACCUCCCUCUCAACUGGCAGUGUCUUUAUUUAUCAGUGGAUUUCAUUGGAUCCAGGCUUCCAUUAAGUCUCUGUCUGGGUCUGCGUCAAAUGGCACCCUAUUCCCUACAUAGUGCGCUACGUUUGAUCAGGAGUAGUGCGCUACGUUUGAUCAGGAGUAGUGCGCUACGUUUGAUCAGGAGUAGUGCGCUACGUUUGAUCAGGAGUAGUGCGCUACGUUUGAUCAGGAGUAGUGCGCUACGUUUGAU